CUGCCGCUGCGCACAUCGCAGGCAGGUGUGAGACUGGCGUCAGGUCGGAUGAAACACGGCUGUUCAAUAAACCGCUUCUUCUCUACGGGAAUACAUCGAUGUUUUGCGAUUAUUCACAAAAAGUGAAUUGGGACCAAGAUGGUGAUAAAAUGAUGGUUGGAAGAGGAGAGCAGUCUGUUGAAGGCAUCGUCCUCCUUCAACGCCAGACACUGAAAUAACAGAAACUUCCACACAACAACCGGAAAUGGCGAGCGAUCGGAUGGCCAUCCUUGCGGAUGAUGAAGAGGACCAGAAGAGGAAAUAUGUCCUGUCCGAACCAUUUAACACUCUGUCCAUGGGGCAAGUGGCAAACACUACACCAUCAGGUCAAACAGCACCAUCUGAGACACUCCCUUCUCAAUCCUCCCAAAGUAUGAACUGCAUGGAAAGAUGUUGUGCUCGAAUAGACAAUCGUCUCUUGAUUUCCAAGGUCUUCUAUUUUUUCUUUUACUCUGCGUACGGCUCUUUACACCCCUUGCUAGCUGUGUACUACAAGCAGCUGGGAAUGACACCUACCCAAAGUGGCCUACUAGUUGGAAUCCGUUAUUUUAUAGAGUUCUGCAGUGCACCAUUUUGGGGAUUUGUGGCGGACCGCUUUAAGAAAGGCAAAGCAGUUUUGCUGUUUUCCGUACUCUGCUGGGUGGUCUUUAAUUGUGGUAUUGGCUUCGUCAAGCCAGCAGCUAUGAGCUGUGUCAGUGUAGACCCUACUAUUCAGUCACCAGUCAAUUUUACAAACUAUACACAUGCUGGUAAUCAUACCAGACAGCGAAGAUACUUGAUUGAGGAUACAUACACCAGUCCUCCACUUUCUCAGCCAAUUUUAGCAGCAUACAGACCUCACUCUAGAUACGUUCGAAGUGCAAAUAUAAAUACCACAAGCGCUCCCUUUAGAAACUCAACUGUGGACAUCAGUAUGGCAUCAAACUUAACAACGGUGUCACUCAGUGCCACAAAAGUCCCAUCGAAAUCUACCUCAACAAUGGAAACCCAAGCUAUUACUGCCAAAAUCAAAGAGUAUAUCAUAGUCUUCAAUAAGCAGCAAGUAGAUACUAUAUUUCUCCUGAUCCUGUUGGUUAUUAUUAUCGGUGAGUUCUUCAGCGCCCCGGCUGUGACCAUCGUGGACACGGUCACUCUUCAGUACCUUGGUCAAAACAGAGACCGUUAUGGACUCCAGAGGAUGUGGGGAUCUCUGGGAUGGGGUAUCGCCAUGCUGUCGGUGGGCAUUUGGAUUGACAAUACACACAUCACAAUCUUCAUCCACGGCUCGGGUUGCAGCCUGCCUGACUACAAGAACUACCAAAUUGCAUUUAUAGUUUUUGGGGUGCUGAUGACCUCGGCGCUGAUUGUGGCCACACAGUUCCACUUUGACAACAGGGCUUAUCGCUCAGAUGAAGAAGAGGACAAGAAGGAGGAUGUGGAAAUACCUCAAGUCGUUCAGGAGGUCUCGUCUCCAGAGUCUAGUUCAGACGAUGCACCCGUUUGCCCUGAAACCAACCCGCAACAUUUUCCCUUCAAAGAUCUCUUCCGGAUUAUUUGUGGCGUCCGCUAUGGUACGGUUCUCUUUGUGGCCUGGUUCAUGGGGUUUGGUUACGGGUUCGUGUUCACCUUCCUCUUCUGGCAUCUGGAGGACCUGAAGGGCACCACCACUCUUUUUGGCAUCUGCUCGGUGCUCAGCCACAUUUCCGAGCUCGCCGCCUACUUCAUCAGCCACAAACUCAUUGAGCUCGUUGGACACAUCAGAGUCCUGUAUAUCGGCCUGGCCUGCAACACUGCACGCUAUCUCUACAUCUCCUAUCUGGAAAAUGCAUGGAUAGUUUUACCCAUGGAGGUGCUUCAAGGUUUGACACACGCAUCAGUCUGGGCGGCCUGUAUCUCGUAUUUGAGCGCUGCUGUUCCUCCAGCGCUGCGCACCUCUGCCCAGGGGAUCCUGCAGGGGCUUCACCUGGGGCUCGGGAGAGGCUGUGGAGCAAUGCUGGGAGGAGUGUUUGUCAACUUUUUUGGUGCUGCAGAAACCUUCAGAGGCCUCGGGAUGGCUUCUCUGGUCACGUUACUGAUCUUCUCUCUCAUACAGUGGCUGUUAGGCCAGAACGAGGAGAAAAAGGGUACAAUGUUGGCUGAAAACAUCCCAGUGCCCUCCAGUCCAGUGCCCAUCGCCACUAUUGACUUGGUGCAGAACCAAUCCACUUCUCAGCCCAACUCUGACUCAAAGACACGGAAAACCAGACACCAGGAAGAGCAAGAAGAUCCCAACAAGCCGGCCUGGGUGGUGUCGGCUUCGCCCUGGGUCACCAUCGCUUUUGCCCUCUAUCAGAUCAGAGAUACGGUCGCUCAGACAAAGAACAAUGACUGUCAAGGCCAGCAGGAGAGAAGUGAGCAGCAGACCUCAGCGGCGCCACCUGGUGACGAAUCCACAUCAUCGCAACCAAACGCCUUAUCCAGUCCUGUAGAAUAUGCCUUCCAAGGCCCUGCCUCUAGUGCAUUCGUCCCUCAAAACACACACCCUGUCCGUCCAGUGGAGGAACCGCCUUCAUCUACAGAGGCUGAAGAACCGGUCGAAAACUCCACUCCAUUACCGGGACACUCCAAACCGCUGCCUGCAAUAACACAAACACAGCCAACAAAACAUUGAACUGUACUACCGAAUAGCCUUAGGAUUUAAGCACUUACCGUGGUGUGGGGUGUAAAAGGUGACAGCUGACUUUGGACCAAAAAAAUGUUCUGUUGACUGACGGGGUGUUUUGUGUUAGCGAGGGUUUGUUUGCUGAGUCAGUUUGCUUUGCACUGCCACGGUUGACGUCUUGUCUUUGCCUCAAAAGGGCCUGCUUGAAGGUCGAUGCCUAUAAUGAGAUCUGCACAUUACUGAGCAUUUCAUGAUUGUAAUGCAAUGUUGAGGUGAUUCGGCAUAAUAUUCAUGGAAGCUGAUGUUGCAUUGUUGCUUUGCACUCUGUAUAAAAUGUUAUUUCGCUCAUUGUGCUUCCAUGUAACGUGACCAAAAGGUACAAAUAUAAAUCUACUCUGUGUAAAAAUAAAAUGUGAAAGUCA